UCAGCCUCUCCGCCUUCCUCGAGCACACGCCACCGGACGCCUCACCUCCGGUCCAUCCCGGACCGCCGCCUCAUACGCAGCUUAGCUUCGACGGAGCACGGCGGGCGGAGAUGUGGUCGCUGUUCCUGUACGCGCCGUCGCCGCUCGCGGCAGCCCUAUCGGUGGCAGGCGCAACCGGUCUGGGCACCAUAGCCCUCUACGAGUUUCGCGGUGGGAACCAGGCCUACUCCAAGUUCGUCCGCGCCGGCGCGCGACUCAUGUUGCCGAGCCGCGCCGGGAUGCUCAUGUUCUACUCCCCGGCGCUGGUCAGCGCGCUCGCGUCCCUCGCCGUGCCGGGCGCCAUUGAAGGCGCGCGCGAGCGGCUCCUCUGCGCCGCCUUCACUGCCAACUUGAUCAAACGGGUGCUCGAGGUGCUCUUCCUGCACCAGUACAGCGGGAGCAUGCCGCUUGGAAUGGCCCUGCUCGGCUCGUCCUUCUACCUGUUCGCCGUGGCCAUGAUCUACCUGCAGCGCCUCAACCGCGGCCUCCCAGAGCCCGCCGUCAACCUGCUCUACCCCGGUGUGCUCGUCUUCGCCGUCGGGAACACCGGCAACUUCUACCACCACCUCCUCCUCUCGAGGCUGCGAGCCGGCGGCAGCGACAAGGAGUACAAGAUCCCCCGGGGCGGCAUGUUCGAGCUCGUCGCCUGCCCGCACUACCUCUUCGAGAUCUUCACGUUCUUCGGGUUCGCCAUGAUCUCGCAGACAGUGUUCGCGCUCGUCGUGGCCGUCGUCUCGGCGGUCUUCCUCGCCGGCCGGAGCUCCGCCACCAGGAAGUGGUACGCGUCCAAGUUCGAGGAGUUCCCCGCGAGGGUCAAAGCUCUUGUGCCGUAUGUCUGGUAGCGAGAGUGUUUGCGUACCCGAUGAUCAGAUUACCAGAGAUUGGCCACCUGGUCAAGGUGAUUUGGAUUGAAUAAAAUGUGAAAAUUCAGAGCCCAGUUCAAUUCCCUCCU